AUGACACAAUUUAGAGAAGAGAGACCUAGUCGUUCUCUUCCUAAUCCGACAGCUAAAACAGCAUCAGCAAGAGAAGCCCUGCAAUCAUUUUUUUGUGAGCUUUGUGAUAAGGGUUAUCAACGAAUUUCUGAAUAUGAAAAUCAUUUAAGUAGUUAUGAACACAAUCACAAAAAGGCAUGA